AUGGCGCACGCGGCGUCGCAGAGCGCGCUGGAGCUGGGCGGCCCCAUCCGCGUGGAGCACGACCGCCGGCGCCGCCAGUUCUCCGUGCGCCUCAACGGGUGUCAUGAUCGGGCCGUCCUGCUCUACGAGUAUGUGGGCAAGCGCAUCGUGGACCUGCAGCACACAGAGGUCCCCGACGCCUACCGUGGGCGCGGCAUCGCCAAGCACCUGGCCAAGGCUGCUUUGGACUUCGUGGUGGAGGAGGACCUGAAGGCCCACCUCACCUGCUGGUACAUCCAGAAGUACGUCAAGGAGAACCCCCUGCCACAAUAUCUGGAGCGUCUGCAGCCAUGACCCUGGCCACUGCGCGCAGGAGCGCGCCCUGCCGGCCUUCCACGUGGGUCUCAUCCAGCCCAUGUGCUCUCAGGAACCUGCUCCCACUGGGACAGGCUCAGAGUUAUUUUUUUGCAAGGACACUCAUCUGCAGCCCUCGUCCAGGCUUCUGGGGCCCAACUGCUGGCUGAGGAUACUUAGCGGUCCAGGGUGGAGCAAAGGGCAGGCCAAGGGGCCAGGUCCCCUCUCAUAAAGACCCUCCAGCUCUGCAGAGGCCUUGUUGUCACCAGCUGUGCAUCCCAUCUGGCCCUGGCUAGCUGGUUCCUGCUCUAAUCAGCAGGAGGCUGAAGUGGGGCCCCUGCUGCCUCCUCCUGGAGCCAAGAGGAGCAACAGAAACCUCAUGUGCCAACUUCUCAGGGUGGGGGCACCACGCCUCAGCCACUACCAGCACUAACCCUUUCUUUUUCUCAGACCCCUGUGCCCUGGUGCAGGCAGCAGAGUCACAGCAGACGGCAACGCGCCCUGAUGUGUGAAAGCGUGGUGGAUGGAGCUCGGGCCCAGGCCCAACUGUGCACAUACACUUACACGCAUGCAGGCACGCACGAACAUGAACCCACAUGCAGGAAGGCAGGCAGGGGUAUCUUCCUCUCCUUGGUACCCAUAUCUGUUGGCCUCUUAGGCAUGGGCCUUGCGGGAAAUCAAAGUCCCUAGCCCAGGGCCGGUUGCCCUGUGGGCCCAUCUGCAUGAGUUGGUUCUGAGGCUACCUGUAGACUGCUGAGCAGCGCAGCAUCCCAGCCCUCACAACCUUUCAGCCACAUCUGCCAGUGUUUUCUUGGAGUCAUCUUGGAGCUGGGGCAGGAGGCUGGCACACCGCCCCCAGGAUACAUUUUGUUCUGUCAUGUUAGCCCCACCUGUGGGUUCUCGUCCACUUACCUCUGCAUUUGAGUCAUGACUCAGGCCCUGCCCACCUCAGGCAUCUGUGCAGAGGCCUUGUCUGUGUUCAUGCCCCUUCCUACCCUACCAAAGGAACACUGAGAUCUGCACCAGGAGACUGGGCAGCCUUUGUAGGGGUCCCUGAGCCCAGAGUUCCUGUGCCACACCACUGGGUCAUGGCAUGGUCAGUAUCCCCUCCCCUCUGAAUUCCCAGCUCCUACCCUGUGUCUGAUGUGACUACUCCAGCCUCCAAGAGAGCCCAUCACAGCUGUACCCCUUCCCACCAUCUCCUCAGUUUUAUCCAGCAGGGACAUUACUGAGGGCCAAGAGACAGCCCCGUCCUUUAGGAAAACAUUGCUGGCAGGGAGGACUCACAUCUGGAUGCCCCAGUCCCAAUACAAGAGUAACUCUCAGGGCCAAAAGAGUUGCCCAGCUCCACUCUUUCUGUCAAAUCUGAGAUCCCACAUAUUAUGUCUGACAGCGGGUGAUUCCGGUCAGAUUCCCUGUAGUGGCCAUGUGUCCACAAUAUACUUGAUACUUGAAUGAGAGGAUCAAAGUUGUGUGGGAAGAGUGGCUGGGGCUUCUUUGGUGGGCUUGCUUGCCUAAGUCCCUGUAGUGUGGCCUGGGCAUUCUCACUGCCUUGGUGUGCCACUGACUCCACCCUGGAGGCACCAUAGCCUCAAGGUGCUGCAGUAACCAUGCCUUGGGCCCAUCUCUUGGGACAGCACUCUCCAGCCCAGCUGCUCUGGUGCUACCCCACCUGCCUGCCUUUCCCUCAUCUGCUCCCCAUUCUGAGUCACUGCAGGAGCCUGUGGCCAAGGGCUGCUCACUCCAGGUCUUGUGACCCUCCAGCAAGUAAGUCUGCUGCAUUAGACCAGGUCUCACCAUGGGGCUUCUCUUACUCAGUCUACACAGGAAGUAACUCAUGUGCCUUUCCUAUUCUGGACCUGCCACCUGUGGUAUGGGCCAGAGCUGGUUCAGGGACCCUUCUCAGUUCAGCUGCGACUUCUCAACACACUGUGUGAUAGACAGAUAUGCUGUAUGUCACAAGGCUACAGCACAGUGAGGUCAGGGGAAGAAAGAAGGGGGAAGUAGAGUGGAGGGGGAACCUUCUCCUUAGACUUCAGCCUCUUAGAGCUAAGGUAGACAGGGGACUUGGCUUGGCCAAGGUUUCCCAGAAUGACGGUAGCAUCAGUCUGGGUGAUUUUUAUAUCUGUAUUCUUCCUCAGUGCCUGAGCUCCAUUUUCCCUUCUACCUUCCAUUGCCUGGGUAACAGUUUACUGGGUUCUUUUUGGAAAAGACCACAGUAUUAUACCAGCCUCUGACACAUGAACUGCUAUCUACCUUGAAAAAUAAGUUCUCUGGGGAUUCCUAGCCUAGUGCAGGGAGAUGUGGCCCAGCAUGGGUAAACACAGGCCACAUAGACACAGUGGCAAACUUUCCAAAGUGAGCACCAGUCUACCUGUUGCCCAGGAAGGGAGCUGUUCCUAGUCCCCACAACAGGGACUCAUGUACCUACCCUAACAAAAGAUUGAACAGGUGUUGGGCAUGGUGGCACACGCCUUUAAUCCCAGCAGCACUUGGGAGACAAAGGUAGGAGGAUUGCCAUGAGUUUGAGGCCACCCUGAGAUUACAUAGUGAAUUCCAGUUGGCCUGGACCAGAGUAAGACUCUACCUUGAAAAACUAAAAAAAAAAAAAAAAAGUAUAUAGCUGACAGGACCUCCCAAUCUUACCUACCUGAUUCAAUGGCAACUCUAAAAUACAGCAGUUACUGGGUCUGCUCUGCAUACAGAAGAGACAAGAGGGAAUCUAUCUAGUCUGCCACCCACACGGCCAGAGGAACCUGGCUCCAUGACUAGUUCUUGUCCUCUAGGGAGAACGCAAGUCAGUGUGUUGUGGUCUGAUGUCUAUUUGGGGAGGUAGGUGGUGUCAGUAGUAAACGAAACUUUCCUGUUCCUUCCGGAGGGCUGAGAUGGGGUUCUGUCUUGAGUUAUAAGGUGCAUGGUUCGUUGAGAAUGUCUGGCCAGCAUGCAGAAGGCUGGCUUUCAUGCCAGGCCAGGCUUCUAAACAGGAACGUUCCUGGAGCACCUGGCCACACACUCACUGUGCCUCAGAUCAGGACUCCGGUUGGUUCCAGUCCUCUCAGAGGUCCUUUCACUAGUCUCAGGGUCCCGCUCCUUCCAGCUCAACGCCCCAGAUCUCACAUAAGCAAUCUAGUGAGGCUGUGAAUUCAACUUGCAACUCUGCAACCUCCAGACUCAAAUUUAAGGUUUUCAGUUGUAUUCACCCUAUGGCUUCAAGAUAUUAAAGAUGCUUUUCUAGUUGUCAAA